AAGGUCCAAUAGUCAAUAACAUCAAAAACAUGAUUGAAAAAAAAGACAAAAGAAUUAAAGAACUCGAAGAAGAAAAUAAAAAAAUCAAAGAACUCAUUAAAGAACUCGAAGAAGAAAAUAAAAAACUGGAAGAAGAAAAUGAAAAAAAUAAAGAAAAACUCGAAAAAAUCAAAGAACUUGUAAAAGAAAAUAAAGACCUCAGAAAAAAUCUCCAAAACAAUUACUUAAAAUAUUUCUUAACCGAUUUAUUAAAACAUACUUCACAGUAG